AUGAUUUUAAAAUCUUUUAUACUAGGUAAUCCAGUAUCCUUAUGCAUGAAGAUAAUCAAUUCGGUCGUUGUGGUUGGACUCUAUUAUGGAUUUCUGACCACAUUUUCCAUAGGGCCCUCUUAUCUCUUCCUUCUCCGAGCUCGGGUUAUAGAAGAAGGAAUCGAGAAGAAAGUAUCAGCAACAACUGGUUUUAUUACGGGACAGCUCAUGAUGUUCAUAUCGAUCUAUUAUGCGCCUCUGCAUCUAGCAUUGGAUAGACCUCAUACAAUAACUGUCCUAGCUCUACCGUAUCUUUUGUUUCAUUUCUUCUGGAACAAUCACAAACACUUUUUUGAUUAUGGAUCUACUACCAGAAAUUCAAUGCGUAAUCUUAGCAUUCAAUGUGUAUUCCUGAAUAAUCUCAUUUUUCAAUUAUUCAACCAUUUCAUUUUACCAAGUUCAAUGUUAGUCAGAUUAGUCAACAUUUCUAUGUUUCGAUGCAACAACAAGAUAUUAUUUGUAACAAGUAGUUUUGUUGGUUGGUUAAUUGGUCACAUUUUAUUCAUGAAAUGGGUUGGAUUGGUAUUAGUCUGGAUACAGCAAAAUAAUUCUAUUAGAUUUAAUGUACUUAUUAGAUCUAAUAAGUACCUUGUGUCAGAAUUGAGAAAUUCUAUGGCUCGAAUCUUUAGUAUUCUCUUAUUUAUUACCUGUGUGUACUAUUUAGGCAGAGUACCGUCACCCAUUGUUACUAAGAAACUGAAAGAAACGGAAGAAAGGGGAGAAAGUGAGGAAGAAACAGAUGUAGAAAUAGAAACAACUUCCGAAACGAAGGGGACUAAACAGGAACAAGAGGAAUCCACCGAAGAAGAUCCUUCUCUUUCUCUUUUUUCGGAAGAAAAGGAGGAUCCGGACAAAAUAAAAAUGGAUGAAACGGAAGAGAUCCGAAUGAAUGGAAAGGAAAAAACAAAGGAUGAAUUCCACUUUAAAGAGACACGCUAUAAAAAUAGACCCAUUUAUGAAACUUCUUAUCUAGAUGGCAAUCAAGAAAAUUCGAAGUUAGAAAAGUUUAUUUCUUUAAAUGAAAUAAAAGAUAAAGAAAGAUUCUUGUUUGAAAAACCUCUUGUGACUAUUCUUUUCGACUCUAAACGAUGGAAUCGUCCAUUCCGAUAUAUAAAAAACGACCGAUUUCAAAAUGCUGUAAAAAAUGAAAUGUCACAAUCUUUUUUUCAUACAUGUAAAAGUGAUGGAAAAGAAAGGGUAUCCUUCACGUAUCCACCAAGUUUGUCAACUUUUCUGAAAAUGAUACAAAGAAAGAUAUCUUUGUUUACAAUACAAAAAAUCUCCUAUAAUGAAUUGUACAAUGAUUGGAGUUAUGCCAAUGAAGAAAAAAGGAACAACAUAAGCAAAAAAUUGAUACAUAGAUCAGAAACUUUAGAUACGGGAUUUCUUGCUCCGGAUGUACUCGAAAAAAGAAUUCUAUUGUCUAAUAAUAAUAAUGAGACUCAAAAAGAAUAUUUAACUAAAAUAUAUGAUCCUUUAUUGAACGGACCCUAUCGCGGCCAAAUCAAAAAAUUGUUUUUAUUCUCAAUCAGGAAGAAAUUUUUGGUAAAUAAAAUGCAUGGCAUACUUAUUAGUACCAAUUACACAGAAUUUGACCAGAAAGUGGAUUUAUUUGAUCGAAAAUCAUUAGGAAAAGAAAUGACUUAUUUACUAAGUAAGGUUGCAGUAAAAUCAACAUCAAAUUUUAAUUUGAAAGGAAUUUUUUUAUUUCCAUUUACUGAAAACAAACAAGUAAGAAUUGAUUCAGAAGAUCGAAUAAAAAUUUUAAAACUUUUAUUCGAUCAAGUUAUAACGGAUCCCAAGGAUGAAACAAUUAUACAAAAAGAUAUUCAUAUUGGAAUAAAUGAAAUCAGUAAAAAAGUCCCUCGAUGGUCAUACAAAUUAAUCGAUGAGUUGGAACAACAGGAAAGAGACAAGGAAGACCAUGUGGUAGAGGAUCAUGAAAUUCGUUCAAGAAAAGCCAAACGUGUCGUAAUUUUGACUGAUACUACGAAGAAUACCGAUACUUAUACUAAUACUAAUAACAAAGAUACUGAUAAUCCUGAUGAAACUGACGAGGUAGCUUUGAUCCGUUAUUCACAACAAUCGGAUUUUCGUCGAGAUAUAAUAAAGGGCUCUAUGCGAGCUCAAAGGCGUAAAACAGUUAUUGUGGAACUGUUUGAAGCAAAUGUACAUUCACCCUUUUUUUUGGAUAGACUGGGCACCCCCCCCCUUUUUUUUUUUGAUAUCCCCGAGCGGCUGAAAGGCAUUUUUCCAAAUUGGAUUUGGAAAAAAAAAAAAAUUAUAAUUUCGGAUUAUACAGAGGAAAAUAAAAAGGAAAGUGAGAAAACAGAGGAGGACAAAAGAGAAAAAUACAACAGAGAUGAGAAAACUCGUAUAGAAAUAGCAGAGGCCUGGGAUAGCCUUAUAGUUGCUCAAGUAAUAAGAGGUUCUUUAUUAGUAACACAAUCGAUUCUUAGAAAAUAUAUUCUAUUACCUUCAUUGAUAAUAGCUAAAAAUACUCUUCGUAUACUAUUAUUUCAAUUUCCCGAAUGGUCCGAGGAUUUAAAGGAUUGGAAUAAAGAAAUGCAUGUUAAAUGCACUUAUAACGGCGUUCAAUUAUCAGAAAAAGAAUUUCCGAAAAACUGGUUAACAGACGGUAUUCAGAUAAAGAUCCUAUUUCCUUUUCGUUUGAAACCUUGGCACAGAUCUAAGUUACGACCCCCUAAUAAAGAUCCAAUUAAAAAGGAAGGGAAAGGACAAAAAAACGAUUUUUGUUUUUUAACAGUUUGGGGAAUGGAAGCGGAACUGCCUUUUGGUUAUCCCCGAAAACGGCUUUCCUUUUUUGAACCCCUUUUAAAAGAACUCGAAAAAAAAAAUUUCAAAUUGAAACAAAAGUGCUUUCUAGUUCUAAAAGUUUUAAAAGAAAGAACAAAAAUUUUGCUAAAUGUAGCAAAAGAAACAAAAAAAUGGGUCAUCAAAGUCAUUAUAUUUCUAAAAAAAAUAAGAAAAGAAUUCUCAAAAAUAAAUCUAUUAUUAUUAUUUGGAUUGAAAAAAAUAGAAAUAUAUGAAUUGAGUGAAACUCAAAAAGAAAAAAAUUCAACAAUUCAUAAUCAAAUGAGUCACGAAUCGUCCAUAAAACUUCGAUAUAUGGAUUGGGAAACUUAUUCAUUGACAGAAAAAAAAAUGAAAGAUCUGAUGAAUAGAACAAACACAAUCAUAAAUAAAAUAAAAACAAUUAAAAAAGACAAGAGAAGAAGAUUUAUAACUCCAGAGAUAAAUAUUAACCCUAACAAAAUAAGUUAUGACGAGAAAGGAUUAGAAUCACCAAAAAAUAUUUGGCAGAUAUUAAAACGAAAAAAUAUUCGAUUACUUCGUAAAUCACAUUAUUUUGUAAAAUUAUUUAUUGAAAAGCUAUACAUGGAUAUCCUUCUAUGUAUCAUUAAUAUACCUAAAAUCAAUGCACAGCUCUUUCUUGAAUUAACAAAAAAAGUUAUUAAUAAAUACAUUUACAAUAAUGAAGCAAAUCGGGAAAGAAUUGAUAAAACAAAUCAAAGUAUAUUUAACUUUAGUUCGACUAUAAAAAAGUCACUUUGUAUUAUUAAAAAAAAUUCAAAGAUUUUUGGGGACUUAUCUUACUUGUCACAAGCAUAUGUAUUUUAUAAAUUAUCGCAAACCCCAGUCAAUAACCUAGAUAAGUUAAGAUCCGUCUUUAAAUAUUACGGAACCUCUUUUUUUCUUAAGAAUGAAAUAAGGGAGUAUUUUGUUGGAACGCAAGGAAUAUUUGAUUCUGAAUUCAGACAUAAAAAACCUCCAAAUUAUGGAAUUAAUGAAUGGAAAAACUGGCUAAAGGGUCAUUAUCAAUACGAUUUAUCUCAGAUUAAAUGGUCUAGAUUAGUAACACAAAAAUGGCGAACUAGGUUCAACCAUAUGACUAAAAAUAAAGAUCUCAAUAAAUGUGAGUCAUAUGAAUAUGAAAAAACCCAAUUUAUUCAUUACGAAAAAGCAAAAGAUUUUGAAAUAGAACCAUUACCAAAUCAAAAACAAUAUAAAUAUGAUCUUUUAUCGUAUAAAUCUAUUAAUUAUGAAAAUAAGAAAGAUUCGUAUAUUUAUGGAUUGCCAUUACAAGUAAAUAAUAACGAAGAGAUUUCUUAUAAUUACAAUACGCCUAAACGCAAAUUAUUUGAUAUGCUGGGAGGUAUCCUUAUCCAUAAUUCUCUCGUCGAAGAUGAUAGUCUAGAUAUAGAAAAAAAUUCAGAUAGAAAAUAUUUGGAUUGGAAAAUCCUCCAUUUUUGUCUUAGAAAGAAGAUCAAUAUUAAGGCCUGGGUCGAUAUUGAUAACGUUACCAACAGGAAUAAAAAUACUAAGACUGGGUUUAAUAAUUGUCAAAUAAUCGAUAAAAUUGAUAAGAAAGGCCUUUUUUAUCUGACGAUUCAUCAAGAUCAGAAAAUUAACCCAUCCAAUCAACAAGGUUUUUUCUUUGAUUGGAUGGGAAUGAAUGAAGAAAUACUAAGUCAUCCCAUAUCGAAUCUAGAGCUUUGGUUUUUCCCAGAAUUUGUGAUACUUUAUAAUACAUAUAAGAUUAAACCAUGGGUCAUACCAAUCAAAUUACUUUUUUUUAAUUUUAAUGUAAACGAAAAUGUUAAUAAACAGAAAAGCAUCACUGAAAAUAAAAAAAGUUUUACAUUAUCGAAUGAAAAAACUCUUGAAUUAGAAAAUAGAAAUCAAAUAGAAAAAGAAUUCGCGGACCAAGUGGAUCCUGAAGCGUCUCUCUCAAACCAAGAAAAAGAUGUUGAAGAAGAUUCUAGGGGAUUAGACAUAAAAAAACGUAGAAACAAAAAGCAAUACAAGACUAACACGGAAACAGAACUUGAGUUAUUCCUAAAAAGGUAUUUUCAUUUUCAAUUGAGAUGGGAUGAUUCUUUAAAUCAAAAAAUAAUCAAUAACAUCAAAGUAUAUUGUCUCCUGCUUAGACUGAGAAAUCCAAGAGAAAUUGCUAUAUCCGCUAUUCAAAGGGAAGAAAUGAGUCUGGAUAUUCUGAUGGUCCGGAAGGGUUUAACUUUUACAGAAUUGAUGAAAAAGGGAAUAUUGAUUAUCGAACCAGUCCGUCUGUCUGUAAAAACGGAUGGACAAUUUUUUAUAUAUCAAACCAUAGGUAUCUCAUUGGUUCAUAAGAGUAAGCAGCAGCAAAGUCAUCAAAGAUACCUAGAAAAAAGCCCGGCCUGUCUUCAUAAGAAUAAGAAGGAUUUUGAUGAAUCCAUUGCACUACAUAAAAAAAUGACUGGAAAUAGAGACAAAAAUAAUUAUGAUUUUAUUUUUCCUGAAAAAAUUUUAUCCCCAAGGCGUCGUAGAGAAUUGAGAAUUCGAAUUUGUUUCAAUUCGGGGAAUGGAAACGGUAUACAUAGAAAUACGGUAUUUUGCAAUGUAAAUAAGUUAAAAAAUUGCAAUUGCGAUCAAGUUUUGAAUAAAAGAAAAGAGCUUUAUAGAGAUAAAAAUAAACUAAUUAAAUUAAAGUUCUUUCUUUGGCCCAAUUAUCGAUUAGAAGAUUUAUCUUGUAUGAAUCGCUAUUGGUUUGAUACCAAUAAUGGUAGUCGUUUCAGUCUGAUAAGGAUUCAGAUAUAUCCGCUAUUGAAAAUUCAUUAA